AUAACUCUCCCGCGCUCCGCGCGCACACGCUGCCCUUGGCCUUCUUGUGAGCUAAGUCGGGCAGCAAUCCAGUUCAGAAGAGAUGACGUCGCUUGCGCUGCAACGCGUUUUUGUGAUCGAGAUGCCUGUAGCUGGAUUCUGCUGAUCUGUGCUCCGCGUGCAAAAUGAAGCGCGGUGCGGUCGCGGUCGACUCCGACGCGUCGGACUCGUCGCCUGCGGCAGACGAGGAACCGGGGGCAGCGGUGGCUGCCCCGCGGGCGCCGAGCGUAGACGGGGUGCCGGACGCGAGGACGGCGGGGGCGAAGAAGCCGCCGGCGCGAGGGCGUCCGCGUCAACGCGCGAGGCGAGACAAGGAAGGUGUGAUGGAGGACCCGGACGGCACGGAGUGCGAUGCUCCGAGGCAGCCGAAGGCAGAUGCCUUGCGGGCCCUCUGCCGUGAGGCCCGCUCCACACGAGCACCGCCGCCGCCACCGGCGAGUCGGAGCCGAAGUGGACGGUCGCAGUCGCCGCCGCCGCGGCGGGCGCGUCGCGAGCGGCCCGUCGACUCGGGUCAGGCGUCGACGCCGGCCACGGCGCCGCCCAGACCGGCGCCUCUAGAUACAAGACGAGCGGCCGAAGACGUGGGAGCUGUACGGCCGCCAUCAGAUCCGGCGCGGGGCCGGGAUCCGACGCCUCGCGCUCUCCCGAGUGGUGGUAUUGCCGAGUUCCGCGUCCCGGAGCAGAACGCCGCCGCCGCGAGUUGGGUACCCCAACACCCUAAACGUUUCAGCAGGGCGUCGCCGAGGCGCUCGCCUCGCGGACAUCCCAGCUCGCCGCCCGCGGCGCCGCGGAAGAAGAAGCGGAGCGCGGAGAACACGGGGCCGGAGCGUACGCGCAGUCGGGCGCGAUCCCGUCGAUCGGCGGCUCCAUCGCCGACUGGUAGGGGAUUGAUGGCCGCUUUUGUCCAAGGGAAUAGUCUGCGGUGCCUCGAGCCUCGAGAGGGUGACCCCGAGCCCGCCGCGGGCGACGCCGCGGCCGCGCCGCCGCCGGCCGCUGACGCGACGGAGACGGCGCCCCCGCCGGUCGUGGGCGCGGCAGACGAUCCCCCCGACGACGCCGAUGAGCGGGCGCGGCGGGCGGGUCUCUUACUCGAGACGCCCGAGGAGCGUGCCGCGGCCGCCCGUCGGUCGCGCUCGCCGAGACGCGCGGCCGGCGCGGACAACGGGGUCCACGAGGUCGACGGCGACGACGCGAGCGACGCGGGCAGGUCGGUGGGUUCGGUCGAGUACAACGCGCACGCCGUCGACCGCCUGGACCGGCUCUUAGCGGGCCAGGAGUUCGACGACGAAGACGGAUCGUGGCGCGUGAAACGGGUCAUGUUCGACGCGGAAUUCGAGGUUCCAGUGGCGCUCUACUACCGCGCGACGCUCGACGAGGUACCCGCCGAUGGCGUGUGCGAAUCCUCCGCCGCGUCCGAGGUGCGGGGCUUGGUACGAAACACGACGCGCGUCCGGAGAGAAGACGCGCGGCGGGCGGCUCUGGAGAUGUCGAAGGCCGAGCGUUUGGAGGCGAGGGCGCUCCCGAAAUUGCCGGCCAUUAGGGUGCCGGCGGCGAGCGAACAAUUCACGGCCAUCGACGGCGUCGACUCGAUGGACAUCUUCGUCUGUAAGCUUCACGGCAUCGCGAGCGUGCCGAGGUCUCUGGUUAGCCGGUGGGCUCGCGCGAUGGCGAAGACGCUUCGCUGGGUGAUCGACGCGGAGGACGCCGGCGACGACGACCGGCUCAGGCGCGCUUUGCUCUGGCGUAAGGGUCUCGCUCAAUUCCUGCUACGGCGCGUUAAAGGGGGUGGGGCGCGCAAGCGGAAUCGCCGCCACGCCGUGUUCCACCGCCGUUUUUUGAUGUUCGAGAACGGGGCCUACGCGGCGCUACUCGCGUCGUGGGCCUCGGACCUCGAGGCCGCCAAGCGGCGCGGCCCGGGGUCGCACAGGGUCCAGGACGACGCGGCGAAGGUCAAACGGGCCGAAGAGCUCGUGCGGGCCGGCGAACUAUCGAAGGCGAACAGCGCGCUGUUGAGCGAGGGGACGCUGGACCCGAGAAACCCUGCGGUUUAUAGGAAACUUAAGGAAAAGCACCCGACGAGGAAGGCGGACGUCGACUUCGACCUCGAGAAGGACUUCCGGCUCGCCGACGAGCUGCGACCCGAUGUGAAGUUCGCGAAGCUGCGGCGCAAGGCCGGCGUCGGGCCAGACGGUUGGAAGAACGAGUACCUGAGCGUGCUCGACCGCGCGCACGACGAUCCUGACGCGAAGCCGGUUAUGGAAUUGUGGAAGGAGUUCGCGCGGCUCGAGUCGAACGGCCUUUUCCCGGCCUGGUGGUACUACGGGCAGACGGCCGUCCGCCUCGUCGCGCUGAACAAAGGAAACGGCGACCCGCGGCCGAUUUGCGUGGGAAAUAGCGACCGACGCGCUGUCGCCAAGGCCAUCGUCGCGGAGGUUAAGGAAGCCGCGGCGGAGGCGUUGGCCCCCGUGCAGAUGGGCGUGGGAGUGAAGGACGGCGCCGCGAAGCUCACCUUCUCUCUGCGCGCGAGCCUCGAGCUCCACCCCGACUGGGUGUUAAUUUUAGUAGAUAAGAAGAACGCGUUCAACGAGAUCCAUCGAGCGGCGUGCAUCCGCGCGUUGGCGGCGACGCCUGGCUUCAAGGGUAUCGCGCGCUACGCGUACUUGCACCUCGCGCCGAAGUCGCCCAUCGUGAUCGGACAGGGGGAGAUAGCCGAUUUUGCCUCGGAGGAGGGCGGCCAACAAGGCGACGGCGUCUUCCCGUUGGCGUACUCGGUGGGCUCGUACGCGUCCUGCAAGGCGCUCGAUGCGGACGCCGCCGCCGAGGGCGGCAUGGCACGCUUUUUCUUCGACGAUGGUUAUAUCCACGCGCCGGCCGAAGUCGCCUUUGACAUCCUCGCGAAGUACGAGAACGCGAUCCUGGUCGACGGCGAAGUCCCCCAACGAAGGAAGUGCGAGGUUUAUAGUCCGACGUGGGGCGCCGGCCUCGGAUGCGCGCCGGAGGUCGCGUCGAGGAAGGUUGCGACCUUCCGCGACGCCGCGUCGCAGGAAGAGGUGCCCGUCGACACGGACGACGAGGAGUGGGAUAAUGCCCCCGUCGCUCGCCGGGUGGCCGAGGCGGCGCCGUGGGAUGAGGCGCGGAUAGCCGCGGAAUAUGCCGUGGAGCGCGCCAGAGCCGCCGUGGCGACGAGGGCCGAGCGCGGUAACGCGCCGGUUGAUAGGCGCGCCCGUCUCGUGAACGGGCAGUACCUGAAAAAGGCCCACAACCUGGAUGUGAAGUACAACUCGGUCGGGGGCGUCGAGUGUGGUCCGAUGGAGAACACCAUUAGGAGCCGCGGCGAGGUUUGUGGUCUCGCGUUCGGCAGCGCCGGCGAGGCGUCCGCGGACGUCCAUCGCCUCGCACGCGUCUGCGCCGACGAGAUCGCCGGCAAGCAGUUCCGAAAGGGCCUGAUCGACGCUGAUUCGGUCGAGGACGCGGCGGCCAUGAUUCAGGCCCAGAUCUACCGGGAGUGGGGCGUGGCGAUUGUCAAGGGUCGGGCCGAGUGUCUACUGGCUUUGUUGGAAUGUACGGUACCGAACGCGUCGCCGCGGUCCAAGGUCGCCUGCGGGAAGUCGCGGGACAAGUUGAUUGAACGGGCGAACGUUGCACAUUGUUCGGGGGGGUUUGCCGAGGCGGUUCAGCUUAGAAGGAGGUACGCUGUUAUGAAAGAAGCGGCCCGCGCCCGCCGCCGAUGAAUCGGCGACGCGCGGUGUCUCCCCCCCAGGGGCUCCGCCCACUAGUCCUAGCACCGUAACAUCGACUGUUCCGUGCAGAACCUCUCGCUCUGGAAGACCUACGCCGCCAAGCGGGCGGCGACGUGCUCCCGCGAGGACGACCCUGAGAAGGCGCGGCGCAACCUCGUCCUGGACCACGACUAG